AUGAUGUCAAUUCAUCUGGAUGAGGGUCCAGUUAGAAGGCCACAGCAGCACAGCGACCCAUUAAUUAGAAAGAUCCAAAGGGCAUGCCGUAUUUCUCUUCCAGAGCCAGAUCUCGCGUUGAAUUUGGAUGUUGCAGAUUAUAUAAACGAAAAACAAGGCGCCACUCCAAGGGAGGCUGCAAUCUCGAUUGUCAGAUUAAUUAACUCUAGAGACAGUCAUACUGCCAUCUUCGCUUUGAGCUUGUUGGAUGUUCUAGUCAAGAACUGUGGUUAUCCAUUCCACUUGCAAAUUUCAAGAAAGGAAUUCUUGAACGAGUUGGUCAAGAGAUUCCCGGAAAGACCGCCAGUUCGUUUUAGCAAAGUGCAAAGAUUGAUUUUGACUGCCAUUGAAGAAUGGUACCAGACGAUUUGUAAGCACUCGCCUUACAAAGAUGAUAUGGGCUAUAUCAGGGACAUGCAUAGACUAUUGAAAUAUAAGGGAUACACAUUCCCCAAGAUUAACAGCGAAGAUCUUGCUGUUUUGAAACCAAGCGACCAUUUGAAGACCCCAAGUGAAAUUCAGAAGGAGCAGGAGAUCGCCCAGGCUGCUAAAUUGGAAGAAUUGAUUAGACGUGGUAGACCUGAGGACUUGAGAGAGGCAAACAAAUUGAUGAAAGUUAUGGCCGGUUUUAAAGAAGAUAACGCUAUUCAAUCAAGACAAAUCUUAAAUGAAGAAUUAACAAAGUUGAAGCGUAAAGCAGACCUAUUGAAUGAAAUGUUAGGCGCUAGUGAAUCUCCAGAUAUGGAGAAUGAAACUAUUGCGGAAUUGUAUAACGCUUUGAAAUCUUCACAACCAAGAUUUCAGAAGAUUAUCGAGGAAGAACAAGACGAUGAUCAGUUCAUUCAAGACUUACUUCACUUUAAUGAUACUGUAAACCAAUUGGUUGAAAAAUAUGAACUCUUAAAAGCUGGUCGUGUCGGUGAAGUAAACCAAAUCAACAUUCCUAACAUUUCGACAACCGUCAACAACAGCGGCGCGUUGGCUAAUGAAAUCAAUCUAAUCGAUUUCGACGAUGAAGAGGAAGAUACAGGAGCAGCUUCAUCUAACAACAAUGGAACUGCUUCAAAUAAUACAGAAGAUGAUCUAUUGAGUGAUUUGAACAAUUUAUCUUUCUCUGAUAACAAGAGUAACAACAACUUUGGAUUUGGUGGAAGUAUAGCUCUUGGUUCAACUACCCCUGCUGCUCCAGUCACCACAACUACAACUACUACGACAUCCAAUAAUAACUUCGAUCUGUUAGGAGAUCUUUCGUCUCCUUCACCCGUUCAAACUCAACAAACCAAUAGCUUUAGCAAUGAUCUAUUAAGUGAUUUGUCAAGUGCCCCACCAUCACAACCUCAAAACCAAACCGCAAGCUCCAAUAACCGUCAACUAGUCAGUCAAUCUGACAUUUUAAAGUUUGAAUUCUUGAUAACUAGGGAAUCUGAAAGUACUAUUAAAGUGACAUCAUUCUUCUCUAAUUUAUCUAUUUCUCAGAUUUCCGACUUGACUUUAAUGCUUGCUGUUCCUAAGGCCCAAUCUUUGAGAUUAUUGCCGCAAUCCAACACCACUUUGUCAUCCUUCUCAACUGAUGGUAUCUACCAAGAGAGCUGGAUUGACAAUGCUGUAAAAGAUGCACCAAAACCACUUAGAGUGAAAUGGAAGGUAUCCUACAAAGUUAAUGGUACUCCAAAGGAAGAGUCAUCUGUCUUCACCUUCCCAAACAUUUAA